CCUCAUCCGUCCGGGGGGGGGGGAUGCGGGGGGUGGUGUGGUUAUAAAGCGGCGCAUCCCAGUGCCGUGCCCCCACCCACCCGGCCCGGAUUGCUGUGCUCCAGCUCUCGGCCCCCGGUGUCCCCAUGGCGUGCCCCCUGGAGCAGGCGCUGGCCGUGAUGGUCUCCACCUUCCACAAGUAUUCGGGGAAGGAGGGGGACAAGUUCAAGCUGAGCAAAGCGGAGCUGAAGGAGCUGCUCACCAGGGAGCUGCCCAGCUUCAUCAGCAAACGCACGGAUGAAGCCGGUUUCCAGAAGCUGAUGAGCAACUUGGACAGCAACAGGGACAGCGAGGUGGACUUCCACGAGUACGCCACGUUCCUGGCCUGCGUGGCCGUCAUGUGCAACGACUUCUUCCAGGAGUACCCCGACAAAGUGCCGCGCAAGAAGUGAGCGCGGGGGUCAGCCGGGCUGCGUCACCCCCCGCUGCAAACUGAAUGCUCUUCCAAUAAAGGCUGCUCCAAAGCCA